AUGGAAUACUAUGAUUCAAGUCUAUUGCUGGUUUUGGCACCAUUGAUAGUCAUUCAAUGUAAUGAACAUCCUGAAGUAUUGAAAUACUUUGAAAGUUUUGAUAUAUCGGGGAAUUUCUGGCAUAAUUCAAUUCUAAGAAACAGAUUGAGUAAUUUAAAAUUCCUUAUACGACUGGUAAAAGAAAACCAAAUCAUUGAACAUCUUGAAAAGGAUCCUCCACAUCAUUCAAUAUUAUCACCAUUCAACAUAAAUUCAGAUACUUUCCCCAAUGGAAUUUUGACUUAUAAAUGGUUCAAGAAAUAUCAAGAAACUAAACCUUUUGUGGUAGUCAAUAUAAUGGAUUUACCUUCAGAUCCUUUAGAUGAUGAAGCUUUGACGUCAAAGAUCAAUGAUAUGAAGAAUAGUUAUUCUAGAUUUGGUAUCAAACUUGUAGUGAUUAUAAUAUCCGCCAAUAAGGAGGUCAGUGAUGAUGACGAUAGAUUGAAUAGAUUGAGACAAUUGACAGGAUUGACUAGAUCAACAGGUUUGGUUUAUAUCAAUCAGAAUAAGAAAGACGAAGAAAUGAUCAUCUCUAGUUUAUUAAACAAUCUCAAAACUUCAGCUGUGGAUUUUUAUAGUGACAUUGAGUUGAAGAUCAAGAAAAGGAGUAAGAAAUAUUAUACUGUCCCUUCAUCAUCUAAUAUUGAUACUACCAUUGAACUUACCCCCAAAUUUUUGGAGACCAGGAAUCUUAUAAAGCAAGGAAUUAUAAAUCAAUAUUUACAUCCUCAUUCAUUAGAAUCCAGUAUCAAAUCAUUUGAAAUAAGUUAUACCAAUCUUAUUGAAAUCCUUAAGGACAAUUACUUUGAGUUCGCUAAAGAUUCGAUCUCUGAUCAUGAUUUGAAGAUUUAUCAUCAAUUGAGGAUUUUAAUCGAUAUAGUGGCUUUCCAUAUCGUUAGAUGUUAUUUAUCUAUAGAUGAACCUAUCAUAGCUAUCAAAAAACAUCAAGCUCAUAUUAUUAAUGUGAAGAGUGCUAUUAAUAAUCGUAUUGAUUUGAACCAAUGGAUAUCCAUUCAAUACUGUUGGUUGAACGAGUUAUUGGAUCUUGUGCCUAAUGCUGGAACUAAACAUAAACAAGGUAUUAACUUUUAUGGGGGUGUUAAAUAUGAUAGUUUUGAAAUAUUCACUAACCCUAGUUUGAUCAUUCUCCAAGCUGUGAAUCAUUUGAAACCUGUGAAACCCCAUCAAUUGAACUAUUUGAGUGAUUUCACCACAGAAGAUCUUAAAAGUAAGAAAUUGGCUUUAUUGAAAAAAGCUUCAAAGUUUGAUAAUCAACACAGUUUAGCUACCUAUAUAAAUUUCCAAAUAGCUGAAGAAUUGUUCAAAGCCAAUGACAACGAUUGCUUGAAGUACUAUGAGAAGUCAGUAUCUGACAACGUCAAUAUCAACAACAUUAUCAAUUCCAGAUUGAUCAAGAUUAAUCAGAAUCUAGGAAAUCUUAAAGAGAGUUUGAUUUUGAUCCUUCAAAGUAAUUGUAAAGAUACUGAAGUUCCAAUGUUCGAACAACCAGUGGAUUUGAAUGUCUCGUUUUUCGAUAUUGAGACAUUGUUCAUAGAUAGAAACAACAUUGAAGGUAAAGUACUGGACGUCUCGGUGUAUGAUGAGUUGGUGGGUCAAAUAAAGUUCAAACCUAAGGUAACUCUUGAGGGAGAAUUGAAUAUCGAUAAAGUAACUGUACAUUUCAAUUCAAAUAUUGAAGAUAUGAUAUUCAACCAUGAUGGGUCUAAAGAAUGUCAGAAAGUAUCAUUUGGUGAUGGGAAUUUCUCUCUCAAAGACUUUGAAAUCUUGGAGUUUAGUAAGGUGAUUGAAAAGUCAGGGACUUAUCAGAUCGAGAGCAUUGAAGUAGAAUCUACACUCAAGAUCAAAACCACUAUCAUACACAAUAAAGAGAAAUUCUCCAAACAAAAAAUCAAACCAUACGAUUAUUAUAUGAAGAAAGUUGAGGGAAAAUUCAUUCCAGUGCCUGUAAAAUUACCUUCAGUGUUCAGUAAUUCUAUUAAGGUAUCACCUAUAAAACCCAACGUUGUCAUUUCUAUGAUAAACCCCGUGGAAUCCAUCGUUAUAGGAGAAAAAAUCGAUUUGAAGUUCAAAAUCGGAUUCAAAAACGAAAGACAUUUAAGUUAUCAUAAAGUUUCCCUCAACCCUAGGAUCAAGGUCAUAGAAGAUGAUUCAAUUAUUGAUAGUAAAAUCAAUUGGGAAGGUUUGAAAGAUGAUGAGUCUUUGGUUCUAGACAAUUUGAACACCGAUGAAUCAAUUGAAAAAUCUUUGAACUUAUCGAUAUUCUAUUCUUCCUUACAAUCAGUGACUGAUAAAUCCUAUCAAGUCAAGAUAGAUUUGAAGUUGUUAGUUGAAGAAGAUAAAGAUGACGAUUUGAUAGCAUAUGAAUCAGCCAGUUACAUAAUACCCAUCUUGAAACAACCAUUUUUAUGUAAAUUUGCUAUUAGUCCCAAAUAUAGACAUAAUGAAGAUAUGCCGAAUCCUUUCAUUUUACAUGGAAAACAAAGUAUGCCUAUAGUUACCAGAGUUUGGUCAGGGAAGUUGAAUAUCGUGGGAGAUAUGGAAAUAGUCAAGGUGGAUUAUUCAAUAAAACCACAAUCUUCAGAGAUUGUAGUAGAUAUCCUUCCUGAAAGUGAUGAAAGAAAUCAAAUUUUCACUACCAGAAGUAAAAACGGUAUCUCUCAGAGAAAUGUCACCAUGGUUAUCAAUGCCGACAUUCAAUGGGCUAGACCUCAAGGUACAAUCAAUCAUUAUCAGACACCUGAAUAUGAAAUUCUUUUACCUUUGACCGAUCCUAGAGUUUUACUUGACAUUGAACAACAUCAACAAAAUGUCAAAUUGAAAUAUAUCAUUGAAAACCCUACACCUCGUAUAUUUCAAUUCCAAACCAAAUUGGUGGAUGAAAAUGAAAGAUUUGUAUGGAAUUUCGAAGAGUCUCAAACUCCUUUAGUACUUAACAAAUUCCCAGUGUUACCUUUCAACAGAUUUAUCAUAGAAUAUCAAACUUCCUAUAAUAGUACUGAAGAAUUGAUUCAAUUGCCUCAAUUGAAAGUAUUUGACCUUCAAUACAAAGUAUCAUUACCUACACUUCCUGUAAGUAAUGAUAUCAUAAUCAAAGAAAACAUUCUCUAUAUUAAGAAACAAGUAGAGUAA